ACCCUCCUAUCGCUUCCUUUAUCCAAACAAUUGUAAACUCAACUUAGUUUGCCAGCUUUGUCACAACCGUCAACCGUUGGAAGUUGGAACUCACAGACCAAAAGUAAAAGUUGUGGUCAUGAGCUGCUUGGUCAAAACCAAUUACAGUCACCAACUAUCUUCAACAGCCAUGGCCAUGUGCUCAAGCUUUUGCCCUCUGAUUCCAAACCAGUUAAGAGCAAGACCCAUUUGCCCUUUCCCCACAAAACCGCUAUUUACUCUAUCUGUCAAAGCUUUCUCUUCUGAGACAUCCAAUGCUUCAUCUAAAGCCGAUGGAUUGUCAGCCCGGAUUGGCUUUCUAGGUCUUGGAAUAAUGGGUUCUCCAAUGGCACAAAACCUUAUAAAGGCUGGGUGUGAUGUGACUGUUUGGAAUAGGACCAAGAUCAAAUGUGAUCCCCUUAUCAGCUUAGGUGCAAAAUAUAAAUCCUCCCCUCAGGAAGUAGCUGCUUCUUGUGAUGUCACAUUUGCCAUGCUAGCUAAUCCUGAAAGUGCAUUGGAGGUUGCUUGUGGGGAGCACGGGGCUGCAAGUGGAAUGAGCUUAGGCAAAGGGUAUGUGGAUGUUUCAACAGUUGAUGGUGCCACUUCUAAAUUGAUUGGUGGACGCAUUAAUGCUACUGGGGCAUCAUUUUUGGAGGCUCCAGUUUCAGGAUCCAAAAAGCCUGCAGAAGAUGGGCAACUGAUAUUUCUUACAGCAGGUGACAAAUCUCUGUAUGAAUUGGUUGCUCCACUUUUAGACAUCAUGGGGAAGUCAAGGUUUUACCUUGGGGAUGUUGGGAAUGGAGCAGCAAUGAAACUAGUUGUGAACAUGAUCAUGGGAAGUAUGAUGGCAUCGUUUUCUGAAGGAUUGCUUCUCAGUGAGAAAGUAGGACUGGAUCCAAGUGUACUAGUAGAGGUUGUCUCACAGGGUGCCAUUAGCUCACCAAUGUACUCAACCAAAGGUCCAUCAAUGAUCCAAUCCACGUAUCCGACUGCAUUUCCUUUAAAGCAUCAACAAAAGGACCUGAGGCUUGCUCUGGGACUAGCAGAAUCUGUUUCCCAGCCUACUCCAAUUGCAGCAGCUGCAAAUGAACUAUAUAAGGUUGCAAAAUCUCAUGGCCUUAGUGACCAAGACUUCUCAGCAGUUAUUGAAGCAUUGAAAGCUAAAUUGCAAAACCCACCAAACUAGAAGAAUUCAUCUUGUAGGAGAAUAAAUAUGAGUAUGGCCUCUGAUAUUGUAAUUGGGUUGGGCUCUCUAAUUACCAUCAGUUUGAGGUUUUUGUCCAUUUUGUUUUAUAGCAGAUUAUUAAACAGACUCAUUUUACAAUAGAACCCACCUCCUAUUAGAUCCUAAAAAUCAGACUGAGUUUUAAAGUUUUCUUUACUUUCA